CGUUGAUGAGAGAAGUUUAUCCUGUUUCUAAACUUGACGUUCCAAAGAUCGUAUGAAUUUGUCGCAUCUCUUAAUGGCUGUGGAACGCCCGACAGCGCGACCUUCCUGUAACACGCAAAACCGAUGUGGCUGUUCUGUUUCCGUGCCCCUCUUGGAAUUUUGAGACACAAAAUAAAUGAAAGAGGAACAGAGGUUCCCUGCAAGACGCGAAAGCGUAUGUUUUCCUACGUCUUUCCUCAACUCCGACACCAUUUCCAUUCUUCAUCUGCGUCUGUGCAAAACCCGCUUCACAUUCCACCACCCUCUUUGGCUCCGGCUUCAUCUUUUUAUCCUUCGCGUGUGUAUCUUAUACAGCGCUGUAGUUAAGGCAAGGGGCACUCGCCCUCUAUGUUUCGUGAUUUUGCUCGGAUUCAGCGCGAGCCACUGUCGGUCUCGUUGCACCGAUGAAACGAAUCCAAUCUUCUUGUGGUAAAUCCCUUAGCUCACACGUGUUCUUCUCUGCAAACACCUUCAUCCCGAUCCUGCUUGCUCAGAAAACUUCAUAUGCGCAUGCAUACGUGUAUGCAAGGGAAUGUAUGUGUAGCUGUGUGGAGAGUCAUAUGUACGUAGCAACGUAGGCUUGUUUGGUUUCUCUUUUUCCGAGGCCCUCUGAAGAAGAGAACCAGGAAGCAAGCAUGGGGAGACAAGCAAAAUCAGUUCGCCAGUUUGUGCCUUCUCAUGCCUUUCCUUCGCAACCCAAUUCUCCAAUGGCACUCGAAGCAAACGAGUUCGAUGGACCGGCGAAAGUCUCCUCGCUCGUCGCUCCGUCCUUCAGGCGACAGCUGAAGAAGCCAAAACGGGAAAAGGGCGUUUCCAAUGCGUGUCGGCGUCUCGUCACUAUCGGAAGGAAGCUGAAGAAAAAAGUCGUUUCCUUCUUCUUGUGGGUCAUUUCUUACUUCACACAUCUCCUUGACUUCACAGAGGUGUUUUCAAAAAGUGAACCUCCACCUCGUCCUCAACUUGGUGAUGGUCGGUCGGCACAGGGUACAGCGCCGAGCCAGACGAGUGCGAAAAGACACGCGAAAAAGCACUCUUAUCAGCAGAGAAAGAGAAACCGUGCAGAAAAGGGCGAUUCAGACUCUCAUCGUCUCAAUGCGUCUUACUCGAGGGAAGAAGAGGAACCUAAGAUGACAGUAAGGGGAAAGGUGACCAGAGGGGCGCCGUCUGACGGGAAACGCGUAGUGGAUGCGUCCGGGGUUCUGCAGGGCAUGUUAGGCCCUACAGUUGGGAGACAAAGCCCACGAAAAGGGAGAGAGGAAAGCAGCGAAAAAGCAGGACUUCAGUUGCCGAGAGGCUUGCAGGAAGGCAGAGACGAGGCGCUAGCGGAAGGAGACGAACAAGCAGAACAAGUUGAUAGCGGAGACGCACAGCUGAAAGAGAAAUCUGGUAGCGCAGCAUCAACCUCGUCCUCCGUAACAGGCACCGAACAGAGGAUACAGGAGACCGAAAUAGGUGCAAAGGAGACGGCAGAACAGCUUGGAAAAGAAAAAGGAGAGGACAGAGGAGAUGACAAAACCAGUCUCACGGAGGGGACUUGCACGCCAUCGAAAGAUGCGCUUGGUUCGGAGUCUGCCGUGCAGCUCGACGUCUUUCUUCCCCAUAAACCGAUAACACGUUGGAAUCGAAAGCGGCCUGUGGACUAUCACAGAACUCAAAAAGCGGAGAGAAGCACUCUAAAGACCGAGCAAGCCGCCCUUUCUGUGCACGGGGCCAGGGGCGCGAGAGACGAUUCGAGUUGCCAUCCUCCACCGGCGAAGGGGAAACGAGAAAGCAGUGUAGAAAAGCGUUUCGCAGAAUCGGACGGAACGAAGGGAGAACAGAACGACGACAGCACGGGGAAGCAGAAGAGCGGGAAACGACAAGGGAGACGGUUCACUUUCGUGAAGUCGAACUUCGAGGGUGAAGGUAAAGCAGCCGAGAGAGGUCUUUCUCCCUCAGAAAAGGGACAGCGAACUCCUUCUCCCGGAAGAGUUCCCUUUUCUGCGGUUCGAAUACGUGGACGCCCAGGGAGAAGAGAAAGGACUUUUUCUGGUCGCUUUCCUGCUUUUGGGGAGGACGGCGAGCAUAUGAAAAACGAAGGAACUGAGCAACCGACGCAGGGUACCGAGACACCGCCCCGUCAUGUGAAGUCGAGUCCACGGUUCUCCGAAGAAAACAAAACAAAGCCAUCCACAGUUUCUUCUCUUCGCUUCUCUGGCGCGUUCCCUCUCUCGCACUCCUCGUCCACGUCUUACCCAGUGGCUGGAGCUGACACAAAGAAUCACUUCCCGAAGAAUGCGCUUCCGACGCACACAGAAGACGGUUGGCGCGUCGUGACUGCAAGGAAGACGAGAAAAGGAGAUGUUCCGUAUCCUGAAAGGAUGCCUAAAGCGUCCAGUGACACAGAGAAACACGCGAAGGCAUCUUCACAUUCUUCAAGAUCACGCACAAGCCGAGAGAGAGAAGAGAAAGACACCUCAAGCGAGAGACAGAGAGGAAGACCAGUUCUCGAAACAGAGAAGGAUCCCAGAUCGAGUGCGCAACUGCUUAACACAGACAAGGAGUUCCCGAAGUUGCCUGAGACGCUGCCUCUCUCGCGUCCGCCUUCUUCUCGUCGCUGUUUUUUGGUGGCUGCCGCCCUUCCUGUCUCAGCAGUGGAGGAGACAACUGCCAAGAGUGGGGCAGAACGUCAUCGAAAGAGCAACACACGGAAACUGAAGAGAACCGAAAUGGACAAAUCUGUGCCUCCCCCUUCGUCUCCUUCCAUCUCGGUCUCUUCUUCGCUCGCUGUGGCUGCCUCGACGGGCGCUGCCGUGCCUCGGAGGUGGAUUGACCUCAUGUCGGACGAUGGAGAAGACGGUUGCUCGUGGAAGAAGGGAGAGGAAACCUCGAGGCCUGCCCUUUGUGGGUCCUCUAUAAACACGAAAGAACGCCUUGCCUGUACAACCUCAAAUGUUCAAAAGAUCCCCGAAAUUAAAGAUCAGAAAUCUGGGGUUUUUCAAGAGCAAAAUAAACAUCACGGAAAACCCCCAAAACAUGCUUUCUUCAAAGACAGUGAACAUGCACUCUCCUCCUCUCCCAAGUCUUCCUCUCCUGUCUCUUCCCCCCCUACGUCCUCCGCUUUCUGUUCAUUUUCCUCUUUCUCUUCCUCCUCGUCUUCCUCCUCGUUUUCCUCCUCGUCGUCUUCCUCGUCGUCUUCCUCGUCGUCUUCCUCCGACUCUUCGUUUUCGUCGCCGUCUUUGUCCGUUCCGUUUUGCUCUCUGUCUGGAAGCAGAGUGGGAGGCGAAGCUACCGCAACAGUUCGGGAGACACAGGGCCUGUGUGGAGAAGCCUUAGAGUCUGUGACAAGCAGCUGCCUCCGUUCUAAGUUCGCGCCUCACUCUGGUCCUGACAGUCACGACAACGGAGAGCAGGACACGAAGGUCGGAGAGCAGCCGGAAGGAACCGGGGAAAACGAGCAGGCUAACGCGGAUCUCAGCGCUGCGAGCGAAGCCGCAAAUCUCUGCUGGCCUUCCUUAGGGGCCUCUAUGGGCAUGCCAAAGGCGCGAGUCGCUUCACAUCGCCGGCCUGCAGCGAAAAGCCGUCUGGGCUUUCUUUUCGAAACGUUCGCAGCCGGGUCUCGUCCUCUGCGCCACGAGAGGCUUCCGCUGUCCCAGGCCUCUCACCGAGAAGCGAAAGGCCGGCCUUCUUCUGUUGUUUUCCCUGGCUCCUCGUCUUCGUCUGGCCGUCUCAGCCAAGACAGUCCACUGUGGAACGCCUCACAGUGCCUGCGUUCCGAACGCGAAACUGGAGAGGCUGUGUGGCAAGUGGAAGGUGACCGACGCCGGAACACUCGAGCUCCUGUAUCUGCUUCCAGGCAACGGGCAACAGGAAGCCAUCCUGAAACUGAGACAAACUGGAAGAGUUUUCAUAAACUCCCCCGCGGCACAUCCUCGGAGGCUGCUUUCUCUCAGGGUUCUUCGGAUCCCCGGGUGUAUUUAGACACUCCAGGGUUUCCCGCUUUCUCGGAGUUGUCCCGAGUUAAUACAGGCCAACCGCCAAAAAGAUCUCCGACAACUUUCUCUUCUCCACAUUUUUCGUGUGCUUACCCCUCUCGGGGUCGAAAACGUAGAGCUGGCUCGGCCUCGGUUGCCACGUCAGGUGACUGCUACUCCUCUGACCCGCUUCAAGGGCCGAUGAUGUCUGAAUUGCCUUGGGAGCCUUCCCCGCCGUUUCCUUUUCGAAUACCACGAUUUAGCAACCGGAGAGGUGGGAAUCCAUUCGAGUCCUACGCCCCUGCAAACAUCCCGCCUCCUCCCUCAGUUCCGCCUCCGCCUCCCCCAGAUCAUCUUGCCUUCUUCGCGCCCCCUGGGACCUAUGCAUCUUCUCUGUAUUAUACCCAAAUGCUUGGCGGCCAAGCGAACUCUCUUUUUCUCGAGAGCGGGCAGGCUGUGGACCCAUUGAGCAUGCACGCGAUCGACCAUGCGGAGGAGUCGAACGCCGGGAAAAACUUGACCGACCGAAGCGACUUUUAUCAGAUAGCCCGCCAGCAGGAAGUAAUGCUUCAACACUUGCGUCCCUUAGCUAUUUCUCACCAUUCGACAUAUCCUCUCUACUACAGCCACUUGCAAGCUCGCACCGCGCCAGACACGGGAAUCGUUUACUUCUUGCAAAACGACGGAAACAGCGACGGAAAGGAAGACGAGGCAGAAAAAAAAGGAGAGAACAACGAAGGGGAAUACGGACAAGAACCGGAAGAAAAACGUGCUAUGAGUGGAACUGUUGAGCGAGAGGUGCCUGUAUCCGGGGAAGUAAUUCCAGCCGGUCACCGCGACGAAGUCGAGAUACAUGGCACUACCUGCAACAGUUACAAUGGCGCUGGCUGUCACACACUUCUUGGCUUUGCGAUGACUGACGAAAAUGCGAACAACAACAGUAAUCCGACAGAGGAUAGGCUUGGAAACAGGAACGAUAGAUAUGAUGUUAAGAACACCAGCCGCGACGGUAAGAGUGUACCUAGCAGUGCUCCGGAUCAUCCUGACACUACGGAGCAAACAGUCAGCCCCACGAAUGAAAAUCACUACAGGAAUACUGGGUCGAGUGGAAACAGUGCUAAUCCUGAGUCUAAGAGCAAGCAGGACACGAACGCGGGUAAGGCGAACUUUCAUACUAGAAAAGAAGCCACGGACAAAGAGACAAACAGCAAGAUCUGUACUCUCAUUCCUAAUGGUUCUGCAGAUCCUGAGAAGGAGGAGAGCAACGGAAACGCCACAGAUCAGGAGGCUACCCGGCAGAAAAACAUGAAUCUUGAGUGCGGUUUUGCUGACAGCAGCAAUAGUUCGCCGUGUAAACCGCUUGACGGUGACAGCAUGGAAACCACAAAUGCCUGUACUCCUGAAAAUGUUAGUCUUGCGAAGAAGAACGUCGAGCACGAUGUAACCUAUCUGAAGAACGGUGCACUCAAUUAUGGUGGUCUUCCUAGUGGUGAAGCAGGGGUCAGCGAUUCUCUACACCUUAGUACCGGAGCUGCGACAGAGAACAUCGACGUAAACCUUUCUCCCUUGCAGACUGGAGAGGAUGUAGCAGAAGAAGAAAGGGACAAAGACCACCCAGCUCUUGUCGCAUCCAAGAAAGGCAUGAGUCUCUCAGAGCAGCAAGACGCUGGAUGUCACUCACCCGAGAAAGCACACUUGGAUGUGCGUGAGCUUGCCGGGACGCAGGGAGGAUACGGAGGCUUGGUAGCGCCAGACACUUGUUUGACACCCUUGUCGGGGUUUCUCAGUUCUUCCUUUCCAUUGAAGAAAGGAGCAAGCAUCGCAAAAGGACACAGGAAAUCGAGGCUCCCGUUCGGCACCACUGGCCAGGCGGUGUACAGGCCGAAGGAGACGAGAGACGAAAAGGAUGAAAAAGCGAAAAAUCCUGAAGAGGUACAUGUGCUGCAGGAUGGUGGAACAGGAGACGCUCUGGUCUAUCACCUCUACGAUCCCGCGACGUGUACGUGGAUUGAGAUUGUCGGCAAACAGAGAGUCCGCCCCUAAGAGGAUAAUUGCACUAAGCUGGAAUCUGAGUCCACCCCAUGAAGCGGGGAAAACCUUAAGUGUUGUAGAACGCCGUUUGCGCCUGUUUUUGUUGCACGCAAUUAUGCUUCUGUGAAAAGGGUCUAAACGCCCCUGAAGAGACAAACAAAAAGCGAGAACGGCUCUUCACCAACUCGAAAAAGAGCGUUAGGAAACGAACAAACGAAUGCGGCAGAACAGGAACUCGAACGGAGGACAGGGCAAACACAGAAUUGACAGUGGCGUACUUCAGGUACACCAAAGGAGGAUGCAUAUGGAAAGACAUCACCCUACAAAAACCUACUGAAUUACACGUAGCUACAUGGAUGGGAAGACGAGUGAGCACUCAUUUAAGCAAUCGCCUAUAUGUCAAGAUGUUCGUGACUUUUGUCAGGAGUGUUUCCUGCCAAUAAACUUCGAUGCUAAGAUACACCACCGCGGAGUCAAUCUGUUUCGUGUUCUACAAGAACAACUUUAUUUCACGACCGCAUACGUUCUAUAUAAGUGUAUCGCUGCGUAUUUACAGACAUUUGUUUGUACGCGCAUAUAUACCAGGUUGCAGAGGUGUGCGUGUUUGCAGGGCAAAGCUGAACUGAGAAAUAUGAGUGAAAUUGUGUGUUAAAAACUGUGCUGUGGAGAGAGUGACCGGUAAGUGAAGAACUUGACGUUUACUAUGAACUUGUCAGUUGAUGUUUCCAUUGUGACUUGACGGCAACAAAUGACUCGCUGGGUUUUCGUACAGCAUAUCAAGUCCCAUUUUGUCAUUUUUCGCUGACACCAAAAAAAGAGGAGAACACAUACGCUCUUGGGAGCGAGGCGCUCGCCUGAACGCCUGCAGGGUACCACGGCCGACGAACAUAUCGUGUGCAGGCCAAGUUCUUUUGGCCAUGUUCUGCUCGUUUCUUGCCGAUUCUUCAUUGGUGAAAGCGUUGUGCGUUCCUCGCGUGUUCGUCACAGAAGACCGUGUCUCUAAUUCUUGCUGCACAUACCCUGGCGUUUUGGUCAGCCUCGAGAGGGAGGCAAACACACACUCUGAACCAAUGUCCGUUCUGAUUUGGCGUUUUCUUGACAAAACAGUCCCGUGGAUGUUCAAUUCCUUGAGAAGAAACGACACAUGAGUCUCUCUGAAAGGGCUCGCCUUUCCUCAUCGGAGUUUCACCUGAGAGAAAAGUACUUGUGUCAUGAGGUGUGGGCUGAUGCGUUGCGACUCUCCAACUCACAGACACGGUAGAGAACGUGGAUAGAUAGAGGUUGUCUAUGCAUGAAGGAAACAACCUUUGUAACCGGUACCUAACUGCCGCUUUUCCUGCCCCCCCAAAUCUGUGACUUCCACUCAGCAGAAGCACACGUAGCUAUAGAGACUACCUCGAAGCAUAGAGCGUACACGGACGAAAGAAAAAC